AUGGCUCUGUGGAUGACCGGAUCACCAGCCACGAGAGUCUACGCGUCCGGUCAGGCUUUUCAUCCGGACGUUCGCGAAGCGGGCGACCUUGACCUGGUCGUUGUCACCAUCGAGCAUGCCAGUGGCGCUGUGACUGUCAUCGAUAACGGUCGACGUUGCUCUCACGGAUAUGAUCAGAGACUGGAGGCGAUCUGUGACGACGGCAGUUACGUGGUGACUAACCGACCCACCCAACAGACGUACCGGCACAGCCCCCAGGUCUCCGCGGCCCCUCACAUCGACCAGGGAUUCGACACCAGGUACCCUGAGGCCUACGCCACGGAGAUGGAACACUUUCUGGACAUCAUGGCGG